AUGGCCUUCUACACGUCAAGGAUUUUUUCUUGGCUGCUUCUCAUCACCAUCGGCUUUGUCCUUUUCGCUCUAUGUGAAGAGCAUUUGAAAUUGAACAGCUGGGCCAAUUUCGGUGUGAAUUUUGAAACCAUCAUCUCAAAAUGGCAUCGUAAGGAAAACGCCACCAGUUCCAUUGUUUUAAAUGUCACAGACUUUACCAAACCGGUGACCUCAACACCCGUCACAGUCCUCAAGCACACGACAAAAAACAGCCCCACGCGUACCGUCGCCCCUGAGACCUCCAUGCCCAUCCUCUCCCCAAAAAACUUCUCCAAACUUCCUGUGUGGGAUUUCGAAGAAGUGUACAACCAGGAUGCUGCGCCCGUAACGAGAGGGUGCAAACAAACUCUGAGAAAUUCCAAAGAUGAGAGCUUCAAGAAAGCUUUCCUUCCCAACAUACGCUUAUACCUGCACAAAGAUAACAUCAACAUGAGCGAAUGGAACAGACUCUCCCAUUUUAACAAUCCUUUUGGCUUCAUGGGAUUCUAUCACAAUGAUGUGAUGUCCUCAGUUAAAUUAAUUCCAGAGCCAAAGGAGCCUCUGCUCUCCCCACAGGCAGGCAGCAAUGGUUGCAUCCACUGUGCUGUGGUCGGCAAUGCCGGCAUCCUAAAUGGUUCCAAAAUGGGGAAAGAAAUCGACGCACACGAUUACAUAUUUCGAAUGAACGGCGCCGUCACUGAGGGAUACGAAGAGGACGUGGGGAAUAGAACGUCCGUGUAUGUCCACACGGCACAUUCCAUCACCAUGUCAUUGUAUUUGUUCAAAAAAUACGGCUACAAGUCUGCGCCCCAUGAUGAGGGCAUCAAAUAUGUAAUGAUUCCAGAGGGAAUGAGGGACUUCCAGUGGCUCCAAGGACUCCUUAGAGGAGAAAGGGUGUCACGGGGCCCUUACCAUAACCAAAGGCCGCGCACAUACUACUCAGGGCAAUACAACGAGAGCCGCUUCUACGUCCUUCAUCAGGACUUUCUGCGAUAUGUGCGCAACAGGUUUUUGAAGUCUCCAAAUCUAAAUAAGACUUUCUGGGCAAUAGUCCGACCAACCAAUGGUGCUUUUGCACUCUUUCUGGCUCUUCACACGUGCGAUACAGUCGACGCAUAUGGCUUCAUGACGAGAGAUUACGCCAAGUAUUCCAACUACUAUUACCAAAAGCACGACAAGAGCCGAGUCAUUUUCUACGCCAACCACGACUACAUGAUGGAAAUGGAAACGUGGGAAAAAUUACACAACAGCAAAAUUAUACGACUGUAUCAAAGAAGUGAAAACCGAGCGCCUUAA